AUGACUUGGCUGCUGUUGCUCCUCCUGACAGGGUGCCUCUUUAGCCUGGGAGUUGGGCUGUGGGUGAUCUUUGAGCAUUUCCUUAGAACAGAUGUCCCUGCUGCCAUUGGCCACACAGUCAAGUUCCGUAUCUUCCAUUGUCUCCUUCUACUAUUGUUAACUUGGGGUAACAUUUUAGAGAAGCUGGGAAUCUGCUCAAUGCCAAAAUUUGUCCGAUUUCUGCAUGACCUUAUUCCAAGCAAGAAGGACCCUAGCCUUGUGGUAACCAAACUGCUCAUUGGGACGAUACCUGUGUGGAUAUAUCAGCCAAAGGCACCAUCUGCAAGACCCCGUUGUGGGAUCAUCUUUCUCCACGGAGGUGGUAGCGUAUUUGGGAGCUUGAAGCUUUACAACCAACUGUGCUGCCACUUGUCCAGGGAGUGUGACUCCGUGGUUAUGUCUGUGGGUUACCGCUUGGUUCCUGACCACAAGUACCCCUCUGCACUUUUUGACUGCCUAUCUGCUACAAUCCACUUUCUGAGAACCCUGGAAACCUAUCGGGUGGAUCCAUCUCGGGUAAUCAUCUGUGGAGACAGCAUUGGAGGCUCAAGUGCAGCUUCUGUUUGCCAAACUCUUGUGACCAAACCAGAUCUCCCCAAGAUACGAGCUCAGGUUCUGAUCUAUCCCUAUCUCCAGGGAUUUAAUUUCCAGUUGCCUUCUCAUCAACAAAACAAAAAUGUCCCAUUCCUUUCCUGGAACACUCUCAUUUUUGUGUGUUCUCAUAUUUUGAUAUCCACAUUCUCUUGGAAAACUGCUAUUCAAAAUGGUGCUCAUGUGCCCCCUGCUGAAUGGGAGAAUAGAUCGAGGAGGAAGAAGCCUAUCCAUGAAGGGAGAAUAAGUGCCCACGACAUACCCAAGAGGUUCAAAGAGAGAGGCUACCACUUCAUGCCACCUGGUCCUUUUAAUGAGAAUGUUUACUUGGAAACCAAACAGAUGUUAUGGACAAUGAAUUCACCCCUAAUUGCUGACAAUGACAUCAUUGCCCAACUUCCUGAGACUCUGCUUGUGAGCUGUGAGUUUGAUAUCCUACGGGAUGAUGCACUGUUGUACAAGAAGAGGUUGGAGGACCAGGGAGUACCAGUGAACUGGCACCACAUUGAAGAUGGUUUUCAUGGAGUGAUCCUCAGCUUUGACUCAAAGUACUUUUUUUUCCCCUGCUCUGUAAGAAUUCUGAAUGCUGUUGUCCAUUUUAUAAAGAAUCUGUGAAUCCCACUCCUAGGACUUUAAGGAAAGAAUGACAAGUGUG